GUGUACUUUACCAUUUGAACGUCGUUAUUUUAUCAUUUGGAGUGAUUUUAAUUGAAAUAACUAGGCAGGUUUGUUGGAAUGGUCCGGGAACAGUUUGUUCCGUUGCUCAGGAGAGGCUCGUGCACGUUAGCGCGGCUGUGAAUGGCUAACUUUGCGAUACUUUCCGAGACGUUUGGAGUGUUAUUUUUACUUGUGUGUAACGUUGCUAAUCUGUCAAAACUCUCACCAUGCACAGGCAGCCAACACACACAGCUAGUUAGCGUUAAUAAAGUCUAUUCACACACUAAUGGUGUCGAGUUGCGAGUAGUGUGAGCGCGCGUGCGACUAGCUAGCUCCCUGCAUCACAGUGUCGGCAGUGGAGUAACUUUAUUCCCCAUCAUUAUUCAUCUCUGACAGUUUCUCCCAUUUACUCUGAAACACUAUAUGUUGGGAACUGUCCUGCAUAAAUGCCCAGCACAGGAAUUGGUUUGGGAUGCAACGCAUGCUUAUAUAACUCUCUAUCUAAAGCUUUCAAACCACAUCUAGUGCACUGUAUGGAGAGUAGGGAGCCAUUUCGGAUCCUGCUCCAUUAAAUUACUGCUCAAAGUUUCUACUUCUGCUGGAAAAGUGCUAAAGGUGCAAAAAUGAGUUAAUGAUGAGGUUAAUUAAGAGAUUAGAUUUAUGCAACUGAAAGCAAUAGUAAAGAAUAAUAAUAAUACAAAUAAGCACUGUAUUACACAUAAUGGGAUUUAUGUAUACAAGGGGAAAUGACAGAAAGAUAGAUUGAUGCUUUCAUAGAUAGAUAGAUAGAUAGAUAGAUAGAUAGAUAAAAAGCUUUUCUGAACUUUGUGCAAAAGUUUGCAUGCCCUCUGGACAAAAUAAAAAAAAAAUUUCUUUGGUUAGCUGCAGAUGUUUCAUUAGAUAUAAGAUGCAACAAAAAUGAUCCAAUGGUGCAUGUUAAAUUAUCAUAAAAAAGAUAUCAAAAUGUAACAUUAUUCUCUAAUAACUGGCCUUUCCAUGCAACUUACCCUCUUACCCUGACAUUUCAUUAUCUUCUCAUAUUUCGUGAUCUUCUAUAAAAUGGUUUCACAGGUGUAUUGCAGAUUAUAUGUACAGAUAGAGGUUCUGUUUACAGAUGGUGACGAAACUAAAGGAAAAACCAGUUGCACUGUUACAUUUAUUUUCCUUGGUGUGGUUUGUGUCCACUCAUCCCCUUAGAGGGAAGUAUCACUGCAAAUCAAUACAGAGUUCUUCUGACUGAUCACCUUUAUCCCGUAAUGACGUCCUGUUCAUCCUGAUGGGUGUGGUCUCUUCAAGGAUGAUCUUGCCCCCGUCCAAAGGGCACGAGGGCUCAUUAACUAAAUGGUUUGAUGAGCAUGAAGAGAUAUAAAUCUUAUGCUAUGGCCUUUGCUUCCCACUCAACACAACUCAAUCUAAUUGAAUACCACCAUCAUCAAAACACAAACUGAGAGAAUAUCUUUUCAAAGAACAGUUCCAGAGACGUGAAGAAUUAAUGCCAGUGGUGUUUGCAUUGGCCAAAGUCCUGGAGCAGACCUGAUGGAAACAGUAUGUCUAAAGCACCAUGAGGCUCCUCUAGAUCACUGGAGAAUCAGUUUCACAUAAAAGAUCGGACUAUUGCAGGAGGAAGACUGCAGAAUGGUAUCUUACUGAAACGAAAGGAUUCAGAGAAAUAGUUUGCACCACAGAUAAAUAUCUUGGUGCUACUACAAGAGGUUUGUAAAAGAAAAAGUAAUUGUAGGGUGGAGGUGUAAAACUAGCUAGUUUGAGGAUUUUUGUUUGCUAAGAUAACAAGAUGAGCGCAGAAGGAUAUCAGUACAGAGCACUAUAUGACUAUAAGAAGGAGAGAGAGGAGGACAUUGACCUGCACGUCGGGGACAUACUCAUAGUGAGUAAAGGCGCCCUGUUAGCACUCGGCUACGGUGAAGGGCUGGCCGAGAGGCCGGAGGAAAUAGGCUGGCUGCCCGGGUAUAAUGAGAUGACUCAGGAAAAGGGGGACUUCCCUGGUACCUAUGUGGAGUUCAUUGGGAAGAAGAAGAUUUCUCCUCCGACCCCGAAGCCGCGGCCUCCCAGGCCUCUUCCUGUGGCACCUGGACCGGCCAGGAACGACUCGGACUCUGAGCAAGGAGGUCCCAGCACAUUGCCAGAUCUGACCGAGCAGUUUGCACUUCCAGACAUGGCCCCGCCCAUGCUGCUCAAACUGCUGGAGGCCAUAGAGAGGAAAGGCCUGGACAACCCUACCCUGUACAGGAACUUCACUGCUGGAGGUGGCCUGGAUGUACGGCAGUGUUUCGACGCUGACGGCCCGUCCGUGGACUUGGAGCAGCUCGACCUGCAGAUGCUGUGUGAUGGUCUGAGACGAUACCUGCUGGAUUUGCCCCAGCCGGUGAUUCACUCUGCAGUCUACACUGAGAUGGUACACAUUGCUCAAGAGGUUCAGGGCAUGGAGGAAUGCGCAGAGCACUUGCGGAGGGUUGCUGGUUCCUCUGUUUUGCCACCUCAGUACUGGCUAACGCUGCAGUGCCUGCUGAGACACUUUGCCCGCGUGUGCCAGGCCUCGGCCGCCAACCUGCUGAACGCCCGCGCCCUUUCUGAGAUCUUCAGCCCUGCACUAUUCCGGCAGCAGGCAUCCAGCUGUGAACCCAGUCCUGAGUCACACAUUAGGAUCAUUGAAGUCCUGGUGACCAGUGAAUGGAGCAGCAGCCAGGCAGCUCCAGCACUACCUCCGAAACCACCCAAACCAUCCCCUGUCACUAACAACGGUAUGAACAACAACAUGGCUCUACAGGACGCCGAAUGGUACUGGGGGGACAUUUCAAGGGAGGAGGUCAACGAGAAGCUGAGAGACACAGCUGAUGGAACAUUUUUGGUUCGUGACGCCUCCACCAAAAUGCACGGAGACUACACCCUCACUCUGAGGAAAGGAGGUAACAACAAGCUGAUCAAAAUUUUCCAUCGCGAUGGGAAGUAUGGUUUCUCAGAUCCUCUGACUUUCAACUCUGUGGUUGAGCUGAUCAAUCACUAUCGGCACGAAUCCCUCGCCCAAUACAACCCCAAACUAGAUGUGAAACUUCUGUAUCCUGUGUCUAAGCACCAACAGGAUCAAGUGGUAAAAGAGGACAACAUUGAAGCUGUAGGCAAGAAGUUGCAUGAAUACCACCUGCAGUACCAAGAGAAAAACAGGGAGUACGACCGACUGUAUGAGGAGUACACCAGAACGUCACAGGAGAUCCAAAUGAAAAGAACUGCUAUUGAAGCUUUCAAUGAGACCAUCAAGAUCUUUGAGGAGCAGUGCCAGACGCAAGAGCGCUACAGCAAAGAGUACAUCGAGAAGUUUAAGAGAGAAGGCAACGAGAAGGAGAUCCAGAGGAUAAUGGUGAACUAUGAGAAGCUGAAGUCUCGCAUCAGUGAGAUAGUGGACAGCAAGCGUCGUUUGGAGGAAGACCUGAAGAAGCAGGCAGCCGACUACAGGGAGAUCGACAAGAGGAUGAACAGCAUCAAGCCUGAUCUCAUCCAGCUCAGGAAGACCAGGGAUCAGUACCUCAUGUGGUUGACACAGAAGGGCGUCAGGCAAAAGAAGCUCAACGAGUGGCUGGGAAUCAAAAACGAGAACCAGGAAGAUCAAUACUCAAUGGUGGACGACGACGAGGACCUGCCGCACCAUGACGAGCGUUCCUGGAAGCUCGGUAACAUUAACCGCCUCCAAGCGGAAGCUCUGCUACGUGGCAAGAGAGACGGAACAUUCCUGGUCCGAGACAGCAGCAAACCGGGCUGCUACGCCUGCAGUGUUGUUGUGGACGGCGAGGUCAAGCACUGCGUCAUCAACAAAACUCCCACAGGCUUCGGUUUCGCCGAACCUUACAACCUGUACGGCUCGCUGAAGGAACUGGUCUUGCACUACCAGCACACGUCUCUCGUUCAGCACAAUGACUCUCUGAAUGUCACAUUAGCAUACCCGGUUUACGCACACCCGCGGCGAUGAGGACUCGAACACACACUUUGUCUGGACUUUGUGAUGCACGAUUGGAGCUUAGAAGGAGGAGGACAAGAAAAAAAGGCCUCAGCUCCUGCAGCGAUGCCUCCACUUUGGAUUCAGGACGGAGGGCUGGUUUGCGCUGCUAAACCGCAAAAGCAGACAUUUCAGCCAAGACCUUGAGGAGUCAUAUCGUUUUCCUCGCGGUCAAGCGGAAACUGCUGAACUUUGAUCUCUCUAUCUCCCAAAAUGGAGGACGAUGGAGGCCUUUCUCAAAAUGGUGCUUGUUCAUUUCAAAGCUUUACCCACUGCUGGAAUGUGGAACGCUUAUGACGAUGACCUCUGGAGUGCAACUUUUAUUUUUAAAUGCCAGUUCCUUCAGAGAGUUAUACCUGUCUGUGUGUAUGGACAUGUGUGGAUGCGUGUGUGCGUGUGUGUGGACGUGAUGUGACCAAAACUCACAGUAUCUAAAAGCUAUUCGUCAUUGGCGUGUUCAAGGUGACGAUGUGAACAGACCAUGGAAUCAGCUGAUCAAUGUAGCAAGAUGGCACUUUCAAAACAGUAUAUUUUGUGUUUUUUUUUUUGUUUUUGUUUUUUUUCCACAUAAAGGACUGUGAACAAGCGAAAGAUUUGAACAUCUCAUUUUAAAUGAGCGAAAACAGAGGACUGAGACAGGAUGUGUGGCAUUUUACUCUGCGAGCAUUACAGUGACUGCUUCUGCCUUUUAAGGACUAACAAGGCAUGCAAAAGAACCUAAAAUAGUUUCAUUUUGUACAUAUGGACUUUAAGAAAAUGAAAAAAAACGUGAUUGAAACCAUGUUGUACCAAAUACAGCGCUCAGUUCCUUCUCAGUUGUAUUCAAAUGUGCUAUGCAAAUUCUGUUUCUCCCUUUCUUCUCCGCAGAGUUGUGAUUUUUAUUUUACAUGUUGCUACCCAUAAUAUAAUUUUCCUUCUUUUUGUUUUUACAGCUUGAAGUCGUUUUUUAAUGGUAGUAUAUAAGAGAAUAUUUUAAGUGUCAAAACCGCCAAGAGAGAUGGCUUCAGUUUUACAACAGAUAAAUUAAAAAGUACUUUAUUACAAAUUUCUUUAUCAGCAGCUGAUUAGAUUAAACAGAUGAGUAUUUUAUUAGUCUUUUUCACUUUGAGCUUAAUUUUUUUUUUCCUAGGCAGAGCCUGGAGGACUAUAGUGCUGCUUCUAGUCAAUAGUACCAUAAAUCAUAAAUUGGAUCAUUUUCAUUUUCUCACUGCGCAGACUUCUAGAUAUUUUGAAGCUUUUCAAUCGUGAAAAUGAGUUCAUGUCGUGAAAUCUAAAGCUCAUAGUUUUUGUUUAUUUUGAGAUGAAUUUCCAGCCAAUCUAGAGUGAGGCAAAUUGAAUUCCCAUUUAUUUUCAAUGAAUGAAGAACAGCUCUGUAUUCCUUCUUCAUAUCGUUUUUCUGUAUCAGAAAAACUCACUGGUGUUUACAUGACUGAGUCAGAAUCUUUUCUUUUUUUUGUUUUUUGACUCACACCCCUUGUAUACUAAUCUGCUUUUCAGUUAAAGCUGAUAAACGGUAGUUCUUCCAUUUACAGAAAAAUCAACUCGGCAUCUUUUUUUUUUUUCUUUAUAACUGCCAGCUGAAUGGCUACAUUUUGUCAUUUGCUGUCUUAUAAUUCCUCAUCAGAGAUUACAGUAUUCUAAGCUUUAUGACUGGUGAAGUCUUCGGCAUAGAGGUUUGCCUCCAGCUCGACUCGUGUCUAUAUUGCAGUUAUGCAUCCGAUGAUAUUUUGCAUAAAUAAAACAUUGUGAACCAAUAA